AUGUUGACAUUACUACUUUUUGCAGAGGAAUUUCCUAAAAUACAUAGAUGUAUGAAUGGAGAGAUAACAAAAAAUGUUAAGCUAAUAGAGAACAAUGCAACAAAAUCAAGAAAAGUUCUCGGCAAUCAACCAUUCGAAAAAAUCAGGAUAGCAUUUGAUUAUAGAUUUGUCGAUGGUUCAUAUACAGAUGAUAAUAUGUGCAAUUAUGUAGGUCAACAAAUAUUUACAGUUGAUGGUGAAGCACAUGAAUGUGAAAGUGAUGAACUCGUUACACGCGAAAAGUUGAAAAAUAUAAAAGGUACACUUGAAAAUGUAAAAAACUUUUAUACUGACCUAUUAUAUGUUCAAAGAUUAACUGAAAAAUUCACAUUACAAGGAUUUCCACAAAACUUUGAAUAUCCAUCAGAUACAACAGCAGAAGAUAUCGACUUGGUUAUCACAGUCCUUAGUAGACCUUUUGGAAAAAACUCGGCUGUCCUAGCUGCUGCUGCACCAUUACAGGUUGACUCAAAUUCUCAUCGUCCUAUCCAAGGGUUUAUCAUUUGUAACAUGUUUAGGGCUCCAAACUCGAUUCAAAGCGAAACAUCCAGUAAGAGGUAUGACUUUAACACAUUUUUGCAUGAAACAUUACAUAUUUUAGCAUAUCAUUCAAGUCUAUAUCAACAUUACCAUCCAAUAGGAGAUAAUACACCACAUAAAAGUUUUAACUGCACUCUCAAAAAGCUGGGUAAGGAAAUGACCUUCUUAACAACACCAUAUGCUCACAUUUAUGCAAAGAAUCGUUAUGGCGUUGAUAAAUUUGUUGGUGAUGAAGGCAUAGAAUGUCCAGCGGGUAUUGAAUUUGAAAAUGGGGGAGGGGAUGGAACAAGUGGUAGUCAUUUAGAAGCCAGAAUUCUGAUAGAAGAUCUGAUGAUUGGUGUUAAUAUGGGUCCUGAAUAUGAUGACAGAGUACCAUUUAAUAAAUUAACAGAUGCAACAUUAGCAGUUCUUUUGGAUACAGGUAAUUAUAAAGUUGAUUAUAGAAAGGCAUCUCCAAUGAUAUGGGGAAAUCCUGAAUCAAUCAACGGAAAACCAAUCGAAAACUUUGCCAUUGGUCCACCACAAUUAACUUUCCCGAAAUAUUACCUUAUUGAUAAACAAAAUCCAAGCAUAACAUGGUUUGACUACAAAACCAUAAGCGUAGUUCCAAUGAUUGCAAAUACAACAGAUGCUCGCUGUGGACAAGAGGACCAAUAUGAUGUGUAUUGUAAUUAUGUUUCAUUUUACAAUCCAAAGAAUCUUGAUUAUAUUGGAAAUAGUGAUAUUUUUGAUUUUAUGGCUAUCUUUAGCCCAUCAGUAUCAUGUUCAAACGGACAAGCUGCUCUACCUGGUAUUUCUAAUUGUUACGUUUAUACGUGUGAUGGAUAUUCUUCUGUUACAUUUGAUAUCAAUGGUAAAAAGCAUAAGUGUACUAAAGAAACAGAUCCAGGAUAUCUAUAUAAUGAUACUGAUGGUACAAAAUUUGCAGUUUUUUGUGUUGAUCCGGAGAGAUUUUGCAGAACAGUUAAGUUAUAUGAAAUGAAAUUCAAAAAGAAUCCAUUCAUUACUAAUGUUCAGCAUUUAAGUGAUAUUGAUCAAGGUCCAGGUCCAGAUAUUGCACCAGAAGGAAUCUACCAGGCAUCACAAGCUCCUGGACCAUCAGCUACACCAGUUAGUCCUGAUGGUUCUGAAGAAGGAGGAUCUGGAAUUUGGGAGAAAUACAAGCUUUACAUCAUUAUUGGAGGCGCAGCUCUUGUUGUUAUUAUCAUUGUUAUUAUUAUUGCAGUUAGCUGCAAGAAACCAGAGGAAUCUCAUCAUAAGCAUAGUAAUCAUCAUAAGCAUAAAAGUCAUCAUAAGAAGAGGCGAUAUUCCAGUUCUUAUUCUGAUAACGAUUAUGAUAGCGAUUAUGAUAGCGAUUAUGAUAGUGAAUAUGUAUAA